CGUUGCCUGCGUGGCCAUUGCAGACCACGAUAGUUAUCGCAGUCUGAUUAUUUACCCCAGGGCAUUGGUGGUGUCUGGUCGUUCCACACGCACCAAGUGGAUAACUCUGCUAGGCAAACGGGUGUCGGGUGGAGAAAUGGACCCGAAUCCCACGCUGACCGCUGGAAAAAAGCGAAGCCACGCAGGGGCUGAACCAGAAAAAGCACCCCAGGAUGCAGGGGAUGGGGAGAGUACCAGAGAAUGCAGGGGUGCUGUCGAACGCAUGGAAGAGACGAAGAAUCCACGAUGGUCCUCCAGUUCACGCGGCAUCCUUCGCGUUCGGAUCCUGUACAAGGCCCAGCGGUUGACGGAGUUGACAGGGGCCUAAGGGACCGACCAACUCAAGAAAGAUCGACCGACCGGGUUUGGUUGCACUGCGUCUGGUGACCGGCCCGGUGGGGAUUCCCAAAUCGACGGUCGUGGAUACUUAAGAGGAUCAGCACCCACCUCUCCCCCGCAGAUUGUCAGGAUGUCACUGUGAAUACACCAUUGUUUCUUCUCUUCUCCCUCCUUCCUCCUUACCCUGCCUCUGCCAACAUGUCAGAAAAGAAAGAGCACGGGACGUUAGGUCCCAUGGACCCCAAGUACGGCGAGAUGGCGGACGCGCCGGGGUAUUCCCACGAUGCCGUCUUUGGAGAAAUGGGCGAGGACGGUCCUAACUAUCGGAGUGUCGGAUGGAUGGGCUCGGCCGUGCUCAUGAUGAAAUCCCAGAUCGGUAUUGGGGUCCUAUCGAUACCAGUCGCCUUCGAUGCUCUGGGAAUUGUGCCAGGAGUGAUUUGCUUGUUGGCCAUCGGCGGCAUCACCACGUGGUCGGACUACAUCAUCGGCGUCUUCAAGCUGCGGCAUCCCGAGGUCUAUGGUAUUGAUGAUGUGGGACACUUGCUUUUUGGGAAGACAGGACGGAUCGUGUUGGGCGCCGCAUUCUGCCUCUGGUGGACUUUUGUCGCUGGCUCCGGCAUGCUGGGUCUCUCCAUCGGUUUGAAUACCGUCUCGAGCCACGCUACCUGUACGGCAGUGUGGGUGGCGAUUGCCGCGAUCUUGGGAUUCUUGUUUGGCAGUAUCCAGACCCUCGGGCGCAUUUCCUGGCUGGCGUGGCUGGGUCUGUUCUCUAUUCUGGCCUCCAUCCUCAUCGUCACCAUCGCAGUCGGCGUCCAGGACCGCCCGGCGUUGGCUCCUCAGGACGGCGUCUGGGUCUCCGAUUACAAGAUUGUCAACAGCGAAGCGACUUUCACCCAAGCCAUCACGGCCCUCACCACCAUCGUCUUUGCCUACGCUGGUACCCCGGCCUUCUUCUCCAUCGCGUCCGAGAUGCGGGACCCGACCCACUACAACCGCGCCCUGAUCUUGUGCCAGGCCGUCGUGACGGCCUUCUACCUGAUCAUCGGCAUCGUCAUGUAUUAUUUCUGCGGCUCGUACGUCGCGUCGCCCGCGCUAGGUUCGGGCGGUGCCACGAUCAAGGUCGUCAGUUACGGAUUCGCUCUGCCGGGUCUGUUGGCGAGCACCCUACUCUUUGUCCACAUUACGGGCAAGUACAUUUUCGUCCGUAUCCUCAGCGGCACGCGCCACCUGGCCGCCAACACGGUCGUCCAUUGGGUGGUGUGGAUUGGCUGCACGGGCGGCGUGGCCCUUGUCGCCUAUAUCAUCGCCAGCGCGAUCCCCGUGUUCAGCGACCUGGUAUCCCUGGUCGGCGCACUUCUCGGCACCCCGAUGUGUUUCCAGCCCAUGGCGGGCAUGUGGCUCUAUGAUAACUGGCAUACACCGGGGCCCAAGUCGAUGGGGUGGAAGCUGAUGGUCGCUUGGUGUGUCUUCGUCAUCGUGUCGGGGACGUUCCUAAUGAUCGGGGGAACCUACGGAUCGAUCAUCACGAUCAUGGAGAGUUAUGCCAAGUCCGGCGGAUCGGCUGCGUGGUCGUGCGCGGACAAUUCGUAGAUGUCUCUCUGCUAUCCCUGUACCAGACGCCAGGCCACGGGGGCGGAUUGAUCGCGACCCUGCGGCGGCGGUUUGAUUUUGUAUAGAUUUG